AUGGCUCUUCUUCUUGACAACUGUGAAGGCAUUCUACUCUCUCUGGACUCGCACAAAUCAGUGCCAGCUCCUUUCCUCACCAAAACAUACCAACUGGUGGAUGAUCCCGCCACAGAUCACAUCGUUUCAUGGGGUGAAGACGACACCACUUUCGUCGUUUGGCGUCCUCCUGAGUUCGCUAGGGACCUUCUUCCCAACUACUUCAAACACAACAACUUCUCAAGCUUCGUUCGCCAGCUAAAUACCUAUGGUUUCAGAAAGAUUGUACCAGACCGAUGGGAGUUCGCCAACGAAUUCUUCAAGAAGGGAGAGAAACACUUGCUGUGCGAGAUCCAUAGGAGAAAAACCGCUCAGCCUCAACAAGGAAGCAUGAAUCACCAUCACCACCAUUCACAUUCUCCACUUGGAGUCAACGUUAGCGUUCCCACUUUCUUUCCCUUCUCCAGCAGAGUCAGCAUCUCACCCUCCAACGACUCCGAUGAGCAAACCAAUUGGUGUGACUCUCCGCCACGUGGAGCCACCUCAUUAGUGAACGGUGCAGCCAACUACAGCUCUUCCGUCACCGCGCUUUCCGAGGACAACGAGAGACUCAGGCGAAGCAACAACAUGCUGAUGUCGGAACUCGCGCACAUGAAGAAGCUCUAUAAUGACAUUAUCUACUUCGUUCAGAACCAUGUAAAGCCAGUGGCACCAAGCAACUCUUACUCAUCUUCCUUGCUACUAUGUAAUACACCUGCUGCUACUCCAAUAAAUGGUGGCCAUGUUUCAAUGAUGCAAAGGCCAAUGAACCAGCUUCUGGGAUAUUAUUCUACUAACCCUAAACAAGGAACUACUCCAAUAAAUCAACAUCAGCAACACCAACCUCAGACCUAUGCUGUGAACUCCCCCACCAACACAUCAAGGAGUUCUAUAACGAUUGUUGAAGGAUCUAACGGUAACAUUAAUAGCUGCAAGACCAAACUUUUUGGGGUGUCGCUGCAGUCAAAGAAAAGGGUGCACCCGGAUUAUGGAUCUAAUCCGGAGACCAACAAGGCUCGUUUGGUUUUGGAAAAGGAUGACUUGGGUUUGAAUCUCAUGCCUCCAUCCACUUGUUAG